AAAUGGCGACAACGAAACUCUGGAUCCAGACGUUCAGGACUACACCACCGACGAAGACUACAACGAUGUCUUUGAUGCAACAACCAACGGAACCGACGUGGAAGCUGCGUCCGGGGCGAAAAGCGGCACGCUCAAGUUCGUACGCACUUUGGCUAACAUUUCGAAGGACGCCGGUAGCGUGGCACACAUGCGAUGCGAGGUCGUCGGCGAUCCACCACCGAUUAAGAUCAAGUGGUACAAGAACGAGGCGCCCCUCGAGGAGAAACGACCGAAAAUCACCAUCAAGAAGAUACACAUGCAGACGCACGAGCACGCCGUGAAGAAUAUCGCCGGAAGCCGUCUGAGGAUCACCAACUUGGAUGUCUCCGACGUGGGGUUCUACACUUGUCGCGUUACAAAUGGAAAGGAUCAGAUCCAAAGCGAGGGGACCCUUCGCGUCGAUUCGUCGAAAACCAGGCAUGUUCCUGCCCAUUCCGACCACGCCAUUAGUCAAACAUCGAGUGACGAUAGAUUUUCCCCGGACAUCAGUGGUGGCGACUUUAUCGGAGGCAUUGGACCUGGAGAUGGACUAGAUCUCUCAGGAACUGGAAUGUCAACGCCACACAUCUCUCAUCUGGCAUCAACAAAUCCAUUUAGUAUAUUAUCACCAAGUCCACAACCAACUAGUUCACAAUCUAGCACCAUCGACGUUCAUACAAUCAGCGGCCUUAGAAACAUCAAUAUACAGUUACCUUCUGGGAGAAAAGACAAUCAUGAUGGAAAAUGUGAGGUAUAUGUAGGAAAAACAUGUGCACAAUUUUUAGGAAAUCAAUCCGUUUAUAUUCCAUAUCCAAUGACCCAAGAGCUACUCGACGAUAAACUGAUGAAAGCUUUUGGUGUUAUCAAAUACUCAAACGAGGUCUCGUCAAAUUGCGAGGGAUAUGCAAAACCAUCGCUAUGUUAUUCCGCAUUCCCAAUAUGUCGCGAUCCUGCCAGUAUUCUUAAACUUAAGAAUUCCGAAGCUAGCGCUAGUUUAUUUCACUUUUUGAAUUCAAACCAGGGUGAUUUGUCAAGAGAUAGGGGUGAUGGGGAUGAUGCAGAUGACAUUGCAGGAUCCCAUGGUAUUCCCAGAAAACGUAGUCCAACGUUAGGUCCUGGCUCAGAAUUCAAUCCGUACAAAGAUGGAAAAGCUUCCAAUAAAAAGAUAAUAAACCAAAGCUAUGGAGAAAUACAGUCGUCUAACAGACUCGAAAUCAAUCGUAAAUUAAGGAGGAUUUGCCGACAAGAAUGUGAAAUGCUAGAAAACGAUUUAUGUAAGAAAGAGUAUGCAAUUGCUAAAAGACAUCCACUGAUUGGACAUCAAGUGCCUUUAGUUGAUUGUUCUGAUUUACCGAUGGAAGAUACCCCCGAGGCUCGUGAUUGUUUAAGUCUUGGAAUUUCCUCAGGAAACAACGUACAGGAAAAUGAUUAUUGUUACUGGGGAAGCGGAAAGUCUUAUCGUGGUAUCGUGAAGACAAGUAUUAGCGGAAGACCGUGUAUGCAGUGGUCACAUGGUGAAUUCAAUCUUCAAAUCUCCGAUUAUCCCGAAUUAGCUGGAAAGCACUCGUAUUGCCGCAACCCAGGCGAUAAAGAAUUACAACCGUGGUGUUACGUUUAUGUCGAUAGUAAGCCGCAAAAAGAAUUUUGUAAUAUACCUAAAUGUGUUGAAAACUUAUGGAUCUAUGCAGUCGUUGGUUUUGUACUAACAGGGGGAUUUGUUGUCAUAUUGGUCUGUUAUUGCUGCUGCUACAGAAGCAGAAAGUCUAGAAGGCAGAUGAAUCAUUUGCCAUCGAAUAAAAUGUUAACCGGUAUACAAUGUGACAAAAAUAUAUACGAUGGAAGACGAAGCACAACGCAACCUAUGGAAAUGAGCUCUCUUUUAGCUGGUCCUGGUAACACGACUCCAGGAACAGGAACAUUAAGUAGUGGCAGUAGUCGAACGUCUAAUAAUAGAGUGCCACAGUUUACUACCAAUAAUGUUGUACUUUUACAAGAACUUGGAGAAGGGGCUUUUGGAAAGGUAUACAAAGGAGAACUACAAACAGGCAAUAAAUGCGAGCCACCAAUUUAUGUGGCCGUGAAAACAUUGAAAGAGAAUGCAAGUCCAAAAACACAGAGCGAUUUUAAACGGGAAGUUGAUCUGAUGACAGACCUGAGGCAUCCAAAUAUUAUUUGCCUACUGGGCGUAAUAUUGAAAGGAGAACCAAUGUGUAUGUUAUUUGAAUACAUGACACAAGGGGAUUUACACGAGUUUCUCAUUUGUCAUUCACCAAGAUCAGACGUUCCAUUGAACAAUGGAAACGGAAAGAUCUUAGAGCAACCAGAGUUUUUACACAUCGCUUUACAAAUCGCAUCUGGUAUGGAAUAUUUAGCCAGUCACCACUACGUUCACCGAGACCUAGCCGCGAGAAACUGUCUAGUUGGAGACAAUUUAACAGUAAAGAUCUCCGACUUCGGCUUGUCCCGCGACAUAUAUAGCAGCGAUUACUAUAGAGUUCAAUCCAAAAGUUUAUUGCCCGUUCGAUGGAUGCCACCAGAGUCAAUCCUCUACGGUAAAUUUACGACAGAAUCCGAUGUAUGGAGUUUCGGAGUCGUGUUAUGGGAAAUUUACAGUUAUGGCUUACAGCCGUAUUACGGGUACAAUAAUCAAGAAGUGAUAGAUAUGAUUCGAUCACGGCAAUUGUUACCUUGCCCGGAGGACUGUCCGACGAUGAUCUACAGCCUAAUGAUAGAGUGCUGGCACGAGGUGGCCAACCGCAGACCACAAUUCCCGGAGAUUCACCAUCGCCUUCACAACUGGUACAUAAACCAAACAUACCUGAGCGAUUUCUGUAACGAAUCUAUCACCAGUUAUUCCGGGAGCAGUCACAAAAGCACGAAUAAAACCAAUUCCACGCAGCUAUCAGCGCCUAUAUACAAAUGCGAUCCGAAGGACAUGAACUUCAAAGGGAACACGGAACAACCGCCGUUCUGUAACCUGAACGACCACAACAACGGGAUCAAAAUGCUACCGCCGAGCUUUCAAAACACGAACUCCAUCGAGCAGAGGCCAAACUGCGGCUUCAACGAACACGGCACGCCCAUAAAGGCCCCCAUUUAUCCGAGUCAAACGACAAACAUUAAUUUGAACGACUUCGAUGACAAACAGUGCUGCUCGCCAAAACUAAGCGGAGCGAAGAAAGUAUUGCCCCCGGCGCCACAGCCGAUGAACAAAAUAAACACGCCUAAUGGAACCAGACCAAUGCAGAAUGGAGCGCAAUUAGUUGUCAGGUUACCAGACCCCAGUAAGGUCACGACCGAGACCAGGGUAUCGAAGUGAACACGAACGAAGAUUGUUCGCUUGGACAAUUUUUGUAUGUACUCGUGGUAAUCGUUACACAAGGUAUAUACUAUUUAUACCGUUCGUUUCGUAAAUACGAUCCGAUCUUCCAAAGAUCGGAUAAUUCAUUGCACAGGAUAGGUAGCAGAUCUCUCUCCAAUACCUAAUCACUGCCACGUUUCCGUAUUUAUUUAUUUCUUCGAUCGGAAUAUACAUAUUUUGUACUAUCGAUAAACACGUCAAAAAAAAAAACAAAAAAAAAUAAUAAUAAACACGGUGUACAACCUUAACGAGUGUUUUAUACAUACAUACAAUAUAACGGAAUAUACAUACGUAUAAAUAUGAAUAUAUGCAGUUUAAGAUAUAGGCUGUACCGUACGUUUAAUGUUUGUAUAAUUGUCGCGUUUCCUUUGUACUGUUUCGCAAAUACUUAUUGAGUUUUAUAAUACCUCGAGAGUAUUAAAAACCGCGUUAACACGUACUCGAGCACAUUCAUCAAUAGCGAUUUAUACACACUUGUAUGAGAAUCUAAUAUUUCGUUAUAUUAUAAUCACGAUGUUAGAGUCAUAUUCACGCGACAAAGUUUUGCAAGUUAAAUAACUUCUACGAGACUUUUUAUAUACCAUUAGUUUUAUUUGUAUUUUUACAUACACGCGAAGCCGUGAACUUCUCGACUGAUUGUAAUAUAAAUGUAAUAUCGUGUGUCUGCCAGAUGGUGCUCGCCGUCUAAUACCGAUUUCGAAAACCGAUCUCCAGAAAUGGCACAAUAAUCAAUUAUUGGCUGUACGUUGUAGCAGUAAGUCGAUUACGCGAAAAGCACGAUCUCGUUGUGCGUUUAAUAGAUUCUUAAAGAAGCAACUUUUAUCUGUGAAAAUUCGUCAACUAUCGGUGGUGAUUCGUUUCGAAACGAAAAGCAAUUCUAAUCAUAUCCAAACGUGAACGGCAGUUACUUACUUUGCUCAAUCGAAACGUGUAUCUUUGUUGUAUCGAGCAAAAUAGUCUUUUAUACUCUUUCAUACCGUUUUAUAAAAUUUUGUACUUUGAAUCGUUCGCUCGUUUCACGUAGAAAAAGGAAAAAGAAAAGAAAAAACUGUGCAAGAUCAUGUGCUCUUAACUACUGCCAGAAUUUAACACUUUUUCUUACAAAAAAUUAAACUCGCAAAUUAUAAAUGUUAUUCGAGGGAAAUAUGUAUCACACUGAUAGCGAGGACUUACAAAAGGCUCAGCAAUUACCGAUUGUCGACACUAUUAACGUGUAAAUUAUACAGGAUCAUAUUAUUCGUGUAUAGAGCGUAGAACCUACGACUAUAUGAAGCAGGCGUUAUAAACUGUAUUCAUAAACGGUUCGAAACUAGUCUCUAGUAAAACUCGAAUAAUAAUAAUAAUAAUAAUAAUAAUAAUAAAACGAAUUAACGCCUGACUCGUUGCGAAUAGCGUGAAUUAUAUAGCUAGAAUCGUAAGCAAGAGAAUAGUAGGUUACGGAAGCCUAGAGUGAGAGUGUUGAAACGAAAUUGUAUUAUACUUUUUAUAAUUUUCUAUUAAGGGAGGAGAGUCAACGGAGGGUGAUGUUUCAGUCAGCCGGUAUAAAGCUGUCAGCUGUCGUAAAAAUCGAUUCAAAUGAGACGAUUAGAGUAACAAUUGGAUAAUGCAUUGUGUUAAAACGGAACUCUUGAUGAUAGCAAGCCUCCGAAUCGGUCUCUGUAUUAUUAUUGAUUAUUAUUAAUUACACGGUAAUCCUAGUGUCCGCAUCGAAGGCUCGUUAUCGAUUAAACUUAAGUUAAUUUAUGUCAAUCGUUUUAACGAAGGAUCAUAAAUGUAAGAUCUUUAUAUAUAUAUAUAAUUUAUAUAUAUAUAAAUAUAUAUAUAUAUAUAUAUAUAUAUAUAUAUAUAUACAUACACACACACACGCGCGCGAUCCAUGUUUUUUUGUAAGAAAGCGAUACUACUUCAUUUUUCCCUCUUGUCACAUCUCAAUCCUGAUCUAUUUUCAAUCCGCAGCAACAUGUUCCCUGAAUAAAUGUUAAAAUAUGUA